UCAUACUUUUAAGGAUUCCGUGAACUUGAAGCCUUUGGUUUGAAUUUUUUUUAAGAAAAAAUUAAUUAAUUCAGUAUUUGAUCGCGAAAGUUUCGAUUUUUGAAUUGGUUUUGUACUAUAAAUACCGGUCCCUGAUCGUUGAGUGUUCGCGGAUCGGAAGCGUGAUUAGGGUUUGUGGUCCUCUUCUUUGAACCGACUAUUAGGCAUUGGGUUUUAGAGGAGAUCUGAAAGAAAUGGCAACGAACACUGCCAACGGUGAGCACCAAACAACAACCAAGCCACCUCCAUUGCCGUCUCCACUGCGAUUUUCCAAGUUUUUUCAGUCAAAUAUGAGAAUCUUGGUCACUGGAGGAGCUGGAUUCAUCGGCUCUCACUUAGUCGACAAAUUGAUGGAAAAUGAAAAGAACGAGGUAAUUGUUGCUGAUAACUACUUCACUGGAUCAAAGGACAAUCUUAAAAAAUGGAUUGGUCAUCCGAGAUUCGAGCUUAUUCGUCAUGAUGUUACCGAGCCAUUGUUGAUUGAGGUCGAUCAGAUUUACCAUCUUGCAUGCCCCGCAUCUCCAAUUUUCUACAAAUACAAUCCUGUGAAGACCAUAAAGACAAACGUGAUUGGCACCCUGAACAUGCUAGGACUUGCCAAGCGAGUUGGUGCCAGGAUUUUACUUACAUCAACCUCAGAGGUAUAUGGAGAUCCUCUUGUGCAUCCCCAGCCAGAAAGCUACUGGGGAAAUGUUAACCCAAUUGGAGUUCGGAGCUGCUAUGAUGAGGGGAAGCGUGUAGCUGAGACCUUGAUGUUUGAUUAUCACAGGCAGCAUGGGAUAGAAAUUCGCAUUGCUAGAAUCUUCAACACAUACGGGCCACGCAUGAAUAUUGACGAUGGGCGGGUGGUCAGCAAUUUCAUAGCCCAAGCAAUUCGUGAUGAACCAUUGACGGUCCAACUUCCAGGAACCCAAACUCGCAGUUUCUGUUAUGUUUCUGACAUGGUUGAUGGCCUUAUUCGUCUCAUGGAAGGAGAGAACACUGGGCCAAUCAACAUUGGAAAUCCAGAUGAAUUUACCAUGCUUGAACUUGCCGAGACAGUAAAGGAGCUUAUUAAUCCUGAGGUAGAGAUAAAGAUGGUUGACAACACUCCUGAUGAUCCGCGACAAAGGAAACCUGACAUAACAAAGGCUAAAGAAUUGCUGGGGUGGGAGCCAAAAAUCAAGUUGAGGGAUGGCCUUCCCCUCAUGGAGGAGGAUUUCCGACACAGGCUUGGAGUGGCCAAAAAGAAAUGAAUCUGUUGGCUGAAAUAUAGAGAAAGGGGAGAGAACCUUUUGUCACAGGUUUUGCAUCAUACAUGACAGUGCUUUAAGAUGCAUCAUCCACGUUUCCUAUCGGCUUUUUUUGUGCUGCCCUUUGUUCCUCUUUGCAUUCUUGGUGUUCAGCAUAGCAAAUAAGUGCUGAAUGAGUGUUGUCUUUUCCAUACUAUUUUUCUCCUUUUGGAAAUUAUGAAUACUGAGUUUUCUCCUUUUGGAAAUUCUGAAUACUGAGAAACCAUGGAAGUCCUUAAACAUGGCAUUGGCCACUCUUUUGUAGACAACAGAAGAUUGUUCUUGGUUGAGUCAAUUACACCAUACUCCAAUUUUGCCGCUA